UUCGAGUCAAGAAAAAUAUAAUUUUUUCAUCAAACAUUACGACGGCAAGUUAUGAGUAAAAUGGAGAAAAGGGAAUACAGAGGACGCAUAGUCAGUGCUAGACCAGCAUAUACAGCAGCUUUCCAAACAAAACCGAAGAUAACUACUGAAAAGAAAUCAAAGACAUCUCGUAAUUCAACAGAUUUUCAUAAUUUUUCAGCAAAACCUCCCAUACCGAAUAAGGGUAUUUGCCACAAAACUGUAAUGCCUUCAAAGAGCGGAGUUACUUAUACAAAACGAAAGGGAAAAGGAGAGCGCAUGGAGAGACUGUGGCAGAGCCAGUCACAGCCAGAUUCUUUGGUGGAACCUACGCAAGGAUCAUCAAACGAAGAUUCACAACCUUUACAAUCGUUAAGACGAUCAGCAACUUAUGUUAUACAAAAAUGGAAAACUAAUGCUAAAGAGAAUAAAGAAAUACAACUAAAUAGACCCUUGUACAAUAUUUUCAUAGGACCUCAUCAAAAAUCUUCAACGAUUUCUCAGAAUAGAGAAAAUAUUGAGUUUAACAAUAUAGUAAUAUUAAAACGCCCAGUUAGUUUUAGUAAGCUACAAAGCAAAAUACAAGCUUCACAAAAAUCUAAAAUUCCAAUAAACAUAAUAUACCUUAAGCCUUAUAAAAACUGGACAGACAUUUGCGAACUGACAGAAAGAAUUAUAGCAGAAGAGAGGAGAAUGUCUACAAUGUCUCAAGCUAAAAAUAUGAAAUACGAGACUGAAUAUGAUAUGGUACCGACCUUAAAGCGGUCAGCGACUUAUAUCAUUCGCAGAGGAAAACCAGAAACUGAUAAUAAACCAAGCGACGAAUUGAAAAUUUCGCAAAUAUCUACAAUUGUCACUACCAACAAAGUUGCUGAGUUAAAAAAUUCAGAACUCAAGCAGGUGAUGACAUGUUGUAAACAGAAAGAUGAAAUUGCAGCAGAACAAGCAGAGAAAACACAAUUUGUUGAGGUGAUGCAAGAUUGUUUAAUAGAAGAUCAGCCAACAACGAUAGAUACUUCACCAAAUGAAUCCGAUGUUGGCUACGAGAUGGUACCGAAACUAAGGCGAUCAGAGACGUAUACUAUAUCAAGAGGAAAAAUAGGAAGCAAUCUUACAAUAGAAGAUAAUAUAAAAAGUCCACAUAAGUCUAAAAUUCCCAGAAGCAUAAUAGGCAUUGGAUUGAAGAAAAUGGAGGUCUUAAAACGAAUAGUUACCUUCGCGAAACAAAAAGGAAAAAUGGAAGCUCAGUGGAUGGGGAAAAAGAAAAUUAAUGAGUUAUAUCUAAAUUCUGUUGAAGAACCUGCAAAACAAAAACCUACCCGCAACAGAAUGGAUAAUAAAUCACAGAAUGUAUCAAUUUUAAAAGGGUCAAGGACUUAUACUAAGUAUAAGCCACGAAGCAGCAGAAAUUGAUAAUAACAUAAUAGGUGAGAGGACGUUAUAAUUUGUAAAACCAUCAAUAUACAAAAGUAUAUAAUAAUAUUUUCUCUUAAGAUAGUAUACUGUUCUCGCCAAUAGUUUUUUCCUCACAAUAGAAUAGAAGUGGUGAAACACAAGUUAAUAUAACUAAAUGCUAAUUUGUUAAGGAAGGAACUGGCUCUGGAUACUGCCAAAAAAGACUUGGAUAGGAUUAAUUAUUAUAUGGUUUAAGAUUUAUAGUAUUUAAACACGAUAUGCUUUAUUGU